AUGGGUGAUCACAUUAUGAUUUCAUGCCCUAUGGCAAUGGAGAUUAUGGAAUCGAUACUUAACUGGUGUGAAAUUAUGAGUGAGAAGUUUUCCUCCGUUAUGGAUAUGCUUCUCUUCAUAUCAAGAUGGUCCGGUGAUAAGAAGAAACAAAGGCAAGUACGAGCGGCAACUAACAUUCCUCUUUCCCAAUUCCAACCUUCUGCACUCUGCAAAAUCAUGGCCCUUCGCCCGCUCCCAUCCUUCUACAAGAUUUUGCUCGACCGUUCCGCCCCUCGCUUGGAUUUGCCAUCUGCUUUUAUCCGCAGGCACUUGGAGAACAAGAUCCCUGAGAACCCAAUACUCCGAUCAAGAAAUGGAGGGUAUAAAUGGAGAUUGAAGAUAAAAAAAGAAGGUGAAAUUUACUGCUUUACCGAUGGAUGGAGCGACGUCGUUGAAGAUAGCGACUUGGGAUUUGGGGAUUUUCUUGUGUUUUGGCUCGUUGAUGAAUCCACAUUCAAAUUUUCAAUUUUCAGUCCAAAUGGGUGUGAAAGAGAUUUCCCUUCACAAAUCCAGGUUGAAAAUGAUGACCAUGAUGAAGUAGAAGAACAAGAAGCAGAGAAAGAGGAAGAAGAAGUUGAAGUAGAAGAUGGUGUCGAAGACGACGAAGAAGAAGCAGCAGAAGCAGAAGAAGAAGAUGAGGAUGAGGAUGAGGAUGAGGAAGAGGAAGAAUCUGAUGAAGAAGAGGAAGAAGAAGAUGAUAUUUUUGAUGAUGGUGGUGUCGAUGAAGAAGAUGCCGGUGACGAAGAUGACGAUGGUGAUGGUGGUGGUGAUGUUGAUGUUGAUGGGGAUAAUGGCGACCCUUACUUUAUGACGAUUAUGUCUAAAAGUCACACAAUGUCUAUGCGGCUUCCAUCGGAAUUUGCUCGGUUGGCCAGAAUAGAUGCAGAAAGAAGCGUGAUAAUGAAGAAUAUUGAUGGACAAGAGUGGAAAAUAAGGUUACUAUCGGAUAGCAAAAGGUACUAUUUGUCGGCAGGGUGGAGUGAAUUCCGGCGAGUUAAUGAGUUAUGUGAAGGUGACAAAUGUGUAUUUAAGUUUAUCAAAAGCGAAGACAAGUUGUGUCUCGCAAGAGUCACCAAGAAAAGAGUUCAGUCCAAGCAACCACCCGCGGUUGAAGUUUUGAAGAAGAGGUCCAGAGGGCAGCUGCCACCGCCACGUGUGGAGGUGCAGCCCAAGCAGUCAACUGGCAAAGCUCAAGCUCCGGUGGCCGAAGUUUUGAAGAGGUCAAGCGGGAAGCCUCCACAGCCACGUGUGGUGGUGGAAAGUAAAGAUGAUGGACGGGAGGUGGUGAAUGAAAAGCAGCCAGCCGGAAAAGUUCGGGCGGCAGCUGAAGUUUCAAAGAGACCGAGAGGGCGGCCACCGCGUGUGGACAAAAAGGGGCAGUCUAAGAAGCCAGCUGACAAAGCUCCAGCGGUUGAAGUUUCAAAGAGAUUAAGAGGGCGGCCACCACGUGUGGAGGUGGUGGUGGAGAAAAAGGGGCGGUCUAAGAAGCCGGCUGACAAAGCUCCAGCUGCUGAAAUUUCAAAGAGAUUACGAGGCCGACCGCCGCGGGUGGAGUUGGUGGUGGAGGGAAAAGGGCGAUCUAAGAAGCCAGUUGGCAAAGCUCCAGCGGCUGAAGUUUCAAAGAUGCUGAAACGACGACCACCUCGUGUGGAGGUGGUGGUGGAGAAAAAGGUGCAGUCCAAGAAGUCAGCUAGCAAAGCUCCGGCGGAUGAAGUAUUGAAAAGGAAGAGAGGGCGGCCGUCACAUGUGGAGGUGGAAGGUAAAGAAGAGGGCGGGAAGUUGGUUGUGAAGAGAUCACCGGGAAGGCCAUCUAAGAGGAAGAGAGGGCGGCCGGCCAGCCAGCGGCUCAUGAUGCUAAGCAAGUAAAUUUUGUGGAGUAAUUGAACUUUAGUUUAAUGGUUACUUUAUUUAAAUGGUGGUGUAGAUAAAAGUUAAAAGUAUAUGUAAAAUGCUUUUUCAUAAUGAGAAACAUUACUACUCAUUCUAUAUUAGAUGAAAUAUGAAAUGUAUUGUAUAACUAAUUCAGAGGGUAUGUUACUACGGAAUGUGGCUUAGGAUGAUAUUUCUAAAAUCAAAAACAAAAACUUAUUUCCACUUUUCAUCAUUUUAAUAAUAAUAAAAUCAUAUACCUUUUUUAUUUUACUGAAACAUUAACAAUUAACAUGAUUAGUAUUUGUUGAGGGGCAUGUCCUGAGGUUGUGACCUUCUCCUCCGCACAGCCUGCAAGUGUAACCUCUUUUCUUCAAGUCAACAGGAGAUUUCUUGAUCCCCUGAGUUUUGGUUGUGGUGGAUGUGGGGGAGAUUUCUUGAAGCCCAAGGCAAGUCCUACGAUUAUGCCCGGGUUUUCCACAUACACUGCAACACGGUGGAUUAAAACUUGUUUUAUCUGAUUCAUUUGUCUUGCAGCUUCUUCUGUUGUGGCCCUUUUCCCCACACAACCUGCAUCUGAACCGUCGAUCCGUUUGAUCAAGUUCCGGACAGUAGUGUCUCCUGUGCCCUAAUCGACCGCAGUUUUUGCAGUAAAAGUCCACCCCUAACACCAAACCAAAACUCACUUUCAGCUGCUACAGGACAAGACGAGACAGAGAAAAAGACGUAAAUGCCCUUUCCUAUGUACCUUU